AUCGCUGUGGGCGACCCAGUUUCACCUCAGGUCCCACCUUUAACCUUUCAAUGCAAUCACGAAACGAGUGACGCGAGACCUGGUCUCCCCCAAACUCUCUCCUCUCCUACAUUAAACUGGGGACAACCUCAGAUGCUGCUCUCUCUCUCUCUCUCUGUGUCUCUCUCAAGCCCCUGAAACCAAGAACUGAAUCUUCUUAGUUGCAAGAUCGUCAUCUGGGAACUUUGGAGGUGGAGUUUGAUUUGAAAUUCUCUCUGUGAAGUCAAAGAUGGGAGAGCCAUUGGGACUGUUAAAAGUGACUGUCGUGAGAGGAAAAGGGCUAGUGAUCAGGGACUUCAAGAGCAGCGAUCCUUAUGUUGUUGUCAAGUUGGGCAACCAGCAGACUGCAAAGACCAGAGUUAUAAACAGCUGCCUGAAUCCUGUUUGGAAUGAGGAGCUAAGUUUUUCCCUUGCAGAACCUGUGGGAAUGCUAAACUUGGAAGUCUUUGACAGAGACCGUUUCAAAGCGGAUGAUAAAAUGGGACAUGCCCACAUAGGUCUUCAACCCAUAGUCUCUGCUGCUAGACUGAGACAGAUCCUAAAGGUUUCCUCAGGUGAGACUACGCUGAGAAAGGUCGUCCCGGAUGGCGAAAACUGCCUAGUCAGGGAAAGCUCCAUCGCCUGCAUAGAUGGCGAGGUCGUGCAGGAUGUGUGGUUGAGGCUCAGCGAUGUCGAGUCCGGGGAGAUUCAGUUGAAGAUCAAGUUCAUAGAUAAUUCUUUCGCAGGCACUAAAUAGUGAACAAAACUCGAGGUUAGCUGAAGCAUUGUAGCUAACAGCGUUCAUAGCCUAAUCAAGUUUAGGUUUUUCGCAUAGUUUAGUUUCGCAAGGCAACCACCAACUGAAGACUAACUACAUUGUUGGUGCGUAUGAAAAAUAGUGUGUAUGGAGUAGUGAUGAAGUAGAAAGAUUUUUCAAUGUAAUGUGAUCUCUUCUUACCCUUUUUAUCAUUUGCCAGGAGGUUGUUAUGAAAAAGUAGCAAGGGCCUU